AAUUUCAUCACUCAAAAUGUGACAAUGAAAUGUUUGACUUGCACAUCUCAAAGACAUUAAAUACCAGUUUACACCUAUUAAUAAUAAAAAGGAUCUGACCAAUGUGCAAUUCAAGGAGACAUUACUACAAGGACACUCAUGCUGAAAGACAUACAACUUCUUAACCAGAGACAAUGACUCAAGUAACCAUCAAGCACUGAAACGACAGUACUGUUAAAGACUCGUGAAUCCAAUCCAGCCUUUGAAUUGUGUGUUGCAGAACUUUGGAAUAUCACUAUCCAUACGAAAAGCCAUUCUACGCUGCAAUCUCCACUUGGCACAACUGACUUUAAAGUGGGAACAGUUGGUGAUUGUCAACAGCAGAUCAGUUCAAAGCAGACCAAAUCCAAGGGGUCUUACCGGAAUGAUGUGUACAAUAACUUCAAAGACCAACGCUCUCAAGGCAACCUAUAUGCUGGACCAUCCUCAUGUGGUGGAGGCAUGUCAGGGCCAGCACUAAGAAAAGCACCUUUAGCCCCUAAUCUGCACCCACACCCACACCCACAAAGCCAAAAUCAACAGCAUCACCAACAGCAAACACAUUUACCCCUUUCGUCUCUGCUGGACGACUCCGAAGACGAUGUUACCAGCUCAGUUAAUAAUGCGAUCUCUGCUAUAACAGCUGCGGCAGCAAAUUGCAUGACUGGUGAUCUUAAUACCGGCAGUCGAGCAGACGAUAGAAGGGAUAUCAUUGGCGGGCUACUUGGAGGUCUUGGUUUAGGCCCUCUUAGCUCCCCUGGUGGUCCAUCAUCAACAUCCGGAAUGGACAGGUUUAGGGGUGGUGAAAACCAGGAUGCCCUGGCUCUCCAUCAGCAGCAGAAUCCACAGACGUCAGACGGAAAGCCCAAACGUCCUCGGAAGCCCCGUAAAAAGAAAGAAAUGGGCAUGCCGGGUGCAGAGCCUCCCAAAAGAAGACAGCCAAGAACUGCGGGGACAAUUGGUGACAUAAGACCUUAUUUAUGUAGCAUUUGUGGUCGAGGCUUUGCGAGAAGAGAGACCCUACGAAGACACGAGCGCAUACACACUGGAGAGAAGCCUCAUCACUGUACAGUAUGCGGCAAAUACUUCAGAGAGGCAUUUCACCUCAGUAAGCAUCACACAGUACAUUCUGGAGAGAAGAACUAUAAAUGUCUUCUGUGUGGAAAGGACUUUGGAUAUGCACAAAGCCUUAAAAGACACGCAAAGUUACACCAGAAAGGGGAAAUUGAAGAAGUACCAACAACACCUGGAGGGGAAAACCUUUCCAACUAUUCAACUCCUGGUGGGAGCAUGGGGCAAGGAGGUCAAAGUAGCACUUCAUUCUACUCCUACCCACAAGAUGUUAAACCCCAAGGACCGAAUCCCCAGCCUCCUCCCAGACUAUACACAUGCGCUAUUUGCUGGAAGUCUUUCCGUCAUCACUUCCACCUGACUGCUCAUCAUCAAACAGUGCAUGAGGGAGGUGGCGACAAGCUGUUUUCUUGUGAAGUAUGUGGAAAAGCCUUUGCAUAUUCCAACAGCCUCACAAGACACAGACUGUCUCAGCAUGGCCUAACACGUACUGGCCAAGGAACACAGCAAGGAAGCACUGGCGUCACUGGAGAAGACAGCACUGUCGGCACCUCAGUAUCUGAGAGUGAAGCAGCCACAAAUGCUUUACUUCAGCUUGCACCCAGUGCUGAAAACCAAGGAGAAGAGGAAUCCCACAGUGCAAUUCUUCACAGCCACCAGCAUGCGCCACCUCAGCCACAAGCUGGGUACUCACCUCUGUUCUACGUUCCUGAUACCAACACACCGCUCCCUUCCUCAUCGAAUACCACUCCUUACACCCAGCCUCUACCCUCCAGUUCCUCUAUACCAUCUCAUCAGCACACUGGAGUGAAAGGUGAGCCCAUGUAUCAAGUCGGCCAAAGACAUACACUAAACCCAAACCUACCCCUUCACUCGCAUGUACUGCCUCUGCCGGAGCAACAUCACCACCACUCCCACCUCCAGCAGCACCUAGCAAACGUCCAGCCCCACCAUCACCACAGCUUUCACAGCGAGGACGACCUGAGGCGUCGCAAGAAAAAAAAAAAAAGACAGGACGGGAGAGAGAAGAUAGGCUACGGAUGGAACCAGAGCGCAAGAAUUGAAAAGGGGCUAAUAGAUCUCUCAGCUGGGGACUGGGAGAAAAAUGAGAAGAGAAGAGUUCAGAGGAGAUUAAGAAAAGCAUUCCGUAAAAGACAACGGAAAUUUAGGAAAAAGAUGGCUAUGCUUCUGAGAAUUAGACGAGGUAAUGGAGGAAGCAGAGUCGUGUGUGAACUAAGUCCUUCAGGAGGACUGGAACUGUAUAGUCUGUUCUCUUUCCAAGUCCCUCUCAAGCGAUUUCCUUGCCCCUUCUGUUUCCUUACCACAUUUUCACGACGAGCAGCACUUAUGGUACAUAUAGCAGCCAGGCACUGUCCCAGAGUCAGUUACCCAUCGGGUCGAUUAAGAUGCGCAGUUUGUGGCAAACAAUCACGUAAAUUACUCUCAGCCCUUAUUCACAGGAGCUCUCAUUUAUCCAACAGAGCGUUUUCAUGUAAGCGCUGUCCGUCUCGUUUCUGGAACGCAGCACUUCUCACGAGACACAAAAGAACUUGUAGGGGCAAAUUGGCAGAAUUAAGACAAAAGGGUGCACUUUGUUUAAAACUCACGACAGGAACGAUCUUUAAAAGGGGAGAGAGAGAAGGAAAUAUAUCAACCCUGCAAAUACAAUACAGUCACUGAGUGUGCUUUAUGAAUCCUAAAAACGUUAAACGUUGAUGCGUAAUUCAGAAAGACGGACUGAAUUACUGCAUGACAGAACUACUAAGGCUCGGUGUCUGACCCAUUGAAAGACUUGAGUGCUGUUAGAGCUUUUAUCCUUUCAUCAUUAAAGGUUCCUCAACUUCCAAAUUGAACAAAAUUACAAAUGCUUAACAGACCUCUUUUAUAAAAAUAUCAACGUCUGUGUUUUACUCACUUUACUCUGACUUAGAAAAUGUUAUACCUGUAUGUGUGUUAAAGAUCUUGACUGACAUUAGGUGAAUUUAUAGUGAUUUUACUAAUACAGCGUUUUCCUUAUCAGUAAUAAUUACUAUAAGUCAGCAGUUGCUCUGUAGAACUUUUCUGUCUCUGGUAUGUAUUCUGUGAAGUUUACUUAGAUGAAGUGUGAGGAUUUCAGCUCUUUAAUGUAAAUGCAUUAGUACCGUGAGGAGAGAAGAAAGAAGGUAUUAGAACGAUCAGUGUUUUGUUUAACUGUGCAUGUUAGACGCUGGCCUUAGGUAUUGUUUGAGUGUUGACUUAUUUAAAGGUUACACAGUGAAUACAGUAAAACAGUAUAAAAUCAACUGAAAAAGAAAAAUCCAGAAUAAGCUCUUCAUUUUGUCUUCAUGUUCAUGUUAGUAAGUGAUUAGCAGGAUUAUCAGAUCAUAAAGUAAAAACAAGCAUUAACAUGAAAAAAGGACAAGCAUUAACACUGUCAAUUUAUUUUAUAACAACACCUAGAAUAUUACUGCAGUAUUUUCCUAAGUUUCCUACCUGUCUUCAUUGUAUUUUUAUCAUUUUAUAUAUUAUUUUAUUCUGCUAUGUGUGUACAAGUGUUUGUGUGUCUGUGCAAGUGUUCGUGAAUGACUGUAUAUACACCAAAAUCCAUAACAUUAAAACCACCACAGAGCAGGUAUUAUUUGGGUGGUGUGUGUUGUGCUGGUAUGAGUGGAUCAGACACAGCAGCGCUGCUGGAGUUUUUAAACACCUCACUGUCACUGCUGGACUGAGAAUAGUCCACCAACCAAAAAUAUCCAGCCAACAGCGCCCUGUGGGCAGCGUCCUGUGACCACUGAUGAAGGUCUAGAAGAUGACCAACUCAAACAGCAGCAAUAGAUGAGCGAUCGUCUCUGACUUUACAUCUACAAGGUGGACCAACUAGGUAGGAGUGUCAAAUAGAGUGGACAGUGAGUGGACGGUAUUUAAAAACUCCAGCAGCGCUGCUGUGUCUGCUCCACUCAUACCAGCACAACACACACUAACACACCACCACCAUGUCAGUGUCACUGCAGUGCUGAGAAUGAUCCACCACCCAAAUAAUACCUGCUCUUUGGUGGUCCUGUGGGGGUCCUGACCAUUAAAGAACAGCAUGAAAGGGGGCUAACAAAGCAUGCAGAGAAACAGAUGGACUACAGUCAGUAAUUGUAGAACUACAAAGUGUUUCUAUAUGGUAAGUGGAGCUGAUAAAAUGGACAGUGAGUGUAGAAACAAGGAGGUGGUUUUAAUGUUAUGGCUGAUUGGUGUAUCUUUGUAUGUGAAUGUACAUCCGCAAAUCAGAAAAAGUAUGGAAAAUGCAAAUAAAUGCUUUCUUUGGUCAA